AUGCGAUUCUGGUCCUGGCUUCGGGGAGAGCCCAGAUGCGAAUACUACUACAAAAAACGUCUUGAGGAGAUUAAAGAUCGAAUUGGCAAUGGCACUCCAAAAGAUCCAGUCAAGAAAUGGAUAACCGAGUACAAUGAUGAGGAAGCGCUGGGAUUUGCCAUUCUACAGCGCCAGCGUCGUCUAGAAAAUGAGAAAAAGACGGCGGGGGCGCAACAACAGCAACAACAAUUUCGGCGGCGACGGUGCAUGCGGUGUCAGUAUCAGGAGGAGAUGUGCAGUGCUUGCCAUGAAGCGACGCAGGCAGCAGAUGUCCCACCGUCCUACUUGAGCCAAUUCCCAGAAAGUCUCGAACGGGAUCUGGCCAAGCUGCGCGAAGAGCUUUGCAAGAAUCGGGCUCGCUUGGAGGCAAUAAGCCAAAAGCUGUCGGAUAGUAGGAGUUGGUGGGCCUUAUAUGCUAUGCUUCCACGCUGGCGUCGAAACGACGCUGGCCGGACGUUUAAAUGGGUUGAAGGCCGGAUGAAGUGUGCUAAUCGGGGAGGUUGCUGUGGCCGUACCUGUGGAUGCUGCGAGGAGGUUCUGUUGGAAUAUCAACGGCCAAAGUGGAGGGACUCGGGAAAGGUACGCAUCAAGGUGCAUAGUCAUUGCACGGCGGAGUGUGCUUGCUGUAUUCAAUUCUGGGGGUUCUAUACUCCCCACCCUGCUCUCCCUGCUAUAUGUUCCUAG